CAGUCAACUAAACGCUGCAGGCUGAACCGGGCUGGAGGUUACAACGCGCUUGUUUCUCUCUCUCUUGUCCCCUUUAUCCUGAGACUGAGCGGCUCUCUGUUGGUCCUCUCUCUUUCUGCUGGACUGUUAGCGCUCUCACCGCCUUCCACCAUUACGUCCCAAAGUAAAACGGACUUUUUAGCGCUUGUUUCUCGGACUCUCCAGAGGAAGAGAAUCGUCGCCGCUGUGGUUGGCAUCGUCAUGGUUUUGGCUCUCAUCAUCGCGAUUCCUCUUCUGGUCCAAACUUCCAAGACCGAUGCGCAUUACGAGAUGAUGGGCACCUGCCGGAUGAUCUGUGACCCGUACAACCCCAAACCGAGCGCCACGGCUCUGGAGGUCAUGCAGGACCUGAGCGCCAUCCCUUCUCCCACUUUUGUUCAAGGGACUAGAGGUGAGCCGGGUCGGCCGGGGAAACCCGGGCCGAGGGGUCCGCCAGGCGAACCGGGCCCACCCGGUCCGAGAGGGCCUCCGGGGGAUAGAGGAAGUUCAGGAAAGACGGGGCACCCCGGAGUAUUGGGCACAGCGCGGACCGAGACCGGCGGAGAGCCGGGCUCUGCUGUUGGCGGGUCAAAGAUCGCGUUUUAUGUGGGUCUGAAAAACCCUCACGAGGGAUAUGAAGUGUUGAGGUUUGACGACAUUAUCACGAACCUGGGGAACCACUACGACCCCACAACCGGCAAGUUCACGUGCCAAGUGUCUGGGAUUUACUACUUCACCUAUCAUGUGCUGAUGCGCGGAGGAGACGGGACGAGCAUGUGGGCAGACCUGUGCAAAAACGGACAGGUCCGAGCCAGCGCCAUAGCGCAGGACGCCGACCAGAACUACGACUACGCCAGCAACAGCGUCGUCCUGCAUCUGGACUCCGGGGACGAGAUUUAUGUGAAGCUGGACGGCGGGAAGGCGCACGGCGGAAAUAACAACAAAUACAGCACGUUUUCCGGUUUCCUUUUGUACCCGGACUAAUGUGGGAUACUCUCAGCACUCCAUCCCAGAACUGCGAUGACAGAAAUAAACUCCAGUUUAAUUUAAGCUACACAGUUAAUCAGACCGACAAGAGGAAGAUGCCACUUAUAGCCUCAUAUUUAGUUUUAAAACCUAACUUUUCUUUUUAAAUUAUAUGGAUUAUUAUGGGUUUUUUUUACCCGCAAGGAUGAAAUGAUUCCACUUAUUUCCACAACAGCUUCACACGCUUUGCUGAUUUUCUUUAUCUCCACCAUGGCGCGUUCAAGGACCCUCCUGAAACGGUUUGUUCAGCUUUGGAAAUAAGUGAAAUUAUUACGAUCACAAAUUCAACUAAUAAUUCUGCAAAAAAAUAACAGCCCCAGAUUUGUUUUCCUCCAUUGUUGUGAGAAAAAUAAGAGACUCUGCUACAGAUUAACCGCCUUCACAUGAUGGAUUCACUGUCUAUAUUCGCAGUGCAGGUGUUGUUGCGUUUUCUCUUUGUGUAUUUUGUGGAGUUGAGGUUAUUAAUGGACCUGUUCAGGGCUGUAUUGAAGCUGAACUGAACACGCCUUGAUGACCACCCUGUAUACAGAGGACAUUGCUGUGUGACGUGAUGCUAUUUUUUUUUUUUUUUUUUUUUGCUUGAAAGUGUGUCUCACGAAGAUAUAUGCAGUCUAUAAGCACUUAUGUAUAUAUUUAUUCAAAAAGAAAUAAAAAUGAGUGGACCCAUAUAGGCUGUAGGCCACAAGUAACCAGUGUCCAUCCAGUGUUGCAAAAAUGUUUCUAUAUGUCUUCGUAUUCCAGUAUGAUCAAUAAUUUCAAUAAAUUAUAUGUUUUCUAUG